GACUAUUUAUAUAAAUUGGUCAUUUAUAAAGUUACAAAAAAUUUUCCACUUUUUUCGUAUUCGCUUAAAACACAAAUAAAUCAUGUAAUGGAUUUCUUAUAUUCCCUUCCUGUAGCUUCUCCACGAGAUGCUUUAGCCUUUAUCUAUGAAGUUGGAAAGCAACCUUCUUCACCGAGUUCUGAGAAUCUCAGAAUAGGUCACUUAUCCAAUAGUAAUGUUGAUCAAUUGUUUUCGACAUCAUUCUCUCUCAGUGAUCAUCAGGCACCAACCACACAUGAGCCACGAGCCGCGCCAUCACUUUCCUAUUUGGAAAUGCUUCUGGCUACGAAAAAAGACCAUAAAUGUGGGGCGACUUCUUAUUCGUCAAGCCUCAUAACAGGAGAAUCCGACCCGGAUGAGCUCCCCUUGGAGACUCGUACAGCCAACUUUCACACCGCGUUUGGGCUAGUAGAGAAUGUAAUCGAGAGUGUGAUCUGCGAACGAAACACACCUGCUCAGCGCUACAAGGAUGCACUAUGCCAGUACAUUUUAGGUAGCACCAUGGAAAUAUCAUUGAAAAAUAAGGCGCUUGAGCUGUCGUCUUCCGCGAACACCAAUUCCACGGAUUGCCUCCUUUCCCCUCCAUCACCUAGACCUUAUUACAACCUUUUAGCUGCACAUGCGCACACUGGCGAGGAAACGGACUAUAAAAAAAGACAGGCACUUCUUCACCGAUACGAAAGGUUUUGCGAGGAUCUCGGGGUUGUUCCUGUUUCCAGUGUGAUGGCUCGGAUAGCUCCAGAAAUAGAGAACCGCACCUUUACUAGCCUUGCAUUUGACUGUGGCCAGUCCGCUACGAUGCCGCCGACAUUUGACUCUUAUAAUACACAUAUUGGUCGAUCCAUUGCGGAGCCUCACACCAGUUCCAGCAUUCUUUCCCUGGUGACCCCCAUGGCAACUCUUCCAUCCCGCACAAAGGAAGGUACUGGCUCCGAACCUUCGAAGAGGAAGCUGUUGUGCCCUAUUGUACUCCCAACAACGCCUCAGCAAGGAGGUCGAUAUGCGAAGUACCCUGAAAACAUGGAUUCACAAUUUUUAACGUUGACGAAUGCUGGAUCCGGCAAUAUCAUUUGUCCUUCUAACGGGAUUACAAACCCUAGUCGUGACACGGGUAAUUUGGAAGCAAUACAUGACAAUAUUCCUUCUACCUCCGUUUAUUUUAAUAGCGCGCACUCUUCUGGGAAGGACACCGCACCAUGGAUUUAUUCUCAUACAACUUCACAGUAUAAACUCACAGAAGCGCACUGUGAGCUUGAUUUUACGAGUUGUGAGGGUAUAAGGAAUCCGGAAGUUAUGGUUCCGCUAUUCCAGUCACUAGAGGGGUACCCCGAAGUGACAUUGUUGAGCCUGGCGAGCACCGGCAUCGACGACGAAUGUGUACGAGUUUUAGCGCUCCUGUGCGAGGCAUUUUUCGCAAACCUGCGCUCGCUAGACCUCCAGAAUAAUCCCUUAAUCACCGAUCGCAGCUGUCCUACUCUGCGAAAUCUGCUCCAACGUAGACGCACACUGAAGUCUGUACAAAUAAACCGAUCGGGUGUGUCUAAUCUCUGGGUAAGAACAAUCAACAUAUUAUCACAUCGAAAUGCAAAACUGAUGAAGUAAGAGUAAUAUUUCAGUAACAUUCACUA